UAGGAAAUGGAAUCAAUCUUGUUUUAUUUGGUUGAAAAUCAGGUAAUCCAGAAGCUUAAUUGAAUAGAUGCUUUUGAGGAACCUUUUCAGAUUAAACUGGGCUAAUAGACAGGGACCUGCAUAUCAAUGGCCUUACUUGCAAUUGUCAAGAUUGGAAGGCCUGGAUACAGGGUGACAAAGCAAUUUGAUCCAGACACAAAACAGAGAUCUCUUCUUUUCCAGAUUGAAUACCCUGAAAUUGAAGACAAUUCGAAGCCACGGCACCGUUUUAUGUCAUCCUUUGAACAGAGGGUGCAAUCCUGUGAUAAAAGGUACCAGUAUCUUCUGUUUGCAGCUGAGCCAUAUGAAAUCAUUGCGUUUAAGGUACAGUAAUGUUAACAUAAUUAAUGUUGUCAACCUUUUCUCUUCCG